AUGUCAUCAACGACCAAUAUAAUUUGGUUACAAAGUCAUCAAGACGAACUUAUUCCCAAUGAACUCCGUUCUCAUGUUGCUCUAUUCACAAACGAAGAUGCAUGUUAUCAAUUUCUAUGCUCAUUAUCAACGGCGAUACGUGGUCUGACACUUGUGAUAACCGAUUCGAACAUACGCACAGAUCGUCUGGUUGAAUUGAAACCAAUUUCGUGUGUUUAUAUACUCUCACCACCUGUCUCAAAAUCAAGUUUGAAACCAUCUACAAAGUUUCAUGGAUUUUUUAAGGAUAGAAAAACUUUAGUUGAUCAGAUCUUAUCUGAUUUAAAUCGACGUAAAGCAACGAAACCUGGCUUCUUUUCGGGUAUAUUUGCGCCGUUUCAAGGCCUCUAUUUUAUCCUCAAACAUAAAUCAACAUGGUCACGCGCAUUGAUACCAUGUCUUAUAUUUACUUUACUUCUUUUUGUCUGUGCUAUACCAGGCGUUUGGGGUAUGCACAUACUGACGGCUCGUUUAAUUCAAAGAAAUACUUCGCGUUUAGCUCGUGUUGGUAUUUGGAUCCUUCGCCUUGCAGCUUACUUCAUCGCCAUUUGUCUUUCAUUGAUUAUUGCACUUCUAACUGCUCAACCAUUGAGUUCGCCGGCAUUGGAAAGUCUAGUGCGAGCACAAGAGCGUGAAUUGAAAUAUCCCAUUCGACCUGAAGAAUCAUUUUGCUCAAGUGUAUGGCGAAGCUUACGAAUCGCAACAUUUUCUCUACUUAUUUCGUUCGUUAUCUUCAUCGUCCUAACAUCUAUCGAAUUCUUUGUGCCACCAUUGAUCUUUAUCACUACUCCGCUGAAGUUUUUGACAACUGCAUGGAUUAUUGCCUACGAUAUUAUUGACUAUCCAUUGUCAUUACAUCUACUUGGCGUUCGAGAACGAACACCGUGGUUUCGACACUAUCUCUGGGCCACAAUGGGUUUCGGUAUAUCAAUAGAAAUGAUGUUUCUCAUUCCGGGCGCAUUCUUUCUUUUGUUACCGGCGGCUGUUUGUGGAGCAACACGUCUUGUUGUCGCAGCUGAACGAGCGUCUAUUGAUCAACCGUUAUUAAUGGAUGAUGAGGCUAGUUAA